AUGGCCGACCCUAAAGAUGUUGAGGCUCCCCAAAAUGUGCACAGUGAGAAUAAGAGCGGCGUCGCCUUCGAUAUGGACGAUGUAACGAACCAAAGGCUUCAAAGCGGGCUGAGUGAGGCCGCUAUGAAUGCGGAGCUGCUGCAGCUUGAAGAGCAGGUGUACAUGCUCCGUAAAUCCCGCUUCGGGGUGGCUUCUUCCAAUCCUGCUACCUUCACCUACGUCCUCGUCGCUUUCGCGUCCAUGGGAGGUAUGCUGUCUGGUCUUGACCAGUCGCUUAUCAGUGGUGCAAACCUCUACCUCCCUGUUGAUCUGGGCCUUUCUUCUGCGGACAACAGUCUAGUCAACGCCGGCAUGCCGCUUGGAGCCGUUGCCGGUGCUCUUAUUCUUUCUCCAGCAAAUGAGUACCUUGGUCGUCGCAUGGCCAUCAUCGUCUCCUGCGUCCUGUACACUAUCGGCGCCGCCCUGGAGGCUGGCGCUAUCAACUUUGGAAUGGUCUUCGCUGGCCGAUUCAUUCUCGGCACCGGUGUCGGCUUAGAGGGUGGUACCGUUCCGGUCUAUGUCGCAGAGUGUGUCCCUCGCAGACUUCGCGGUAACCUCGUAUCCUUAUAUCAACUUAACAUUGCCCUGGGCGAGGUCCUAGGCUACGCCGUCGCCGCAAUGUUCGUCAGUGUCGAAGGAAACUGGCGUUAUAUCCUAGGCUCUUCACUGGUUUUCUCGACAAUCUUGUUCGUGGGCAUGCUCUUCCUACCGGAAAGCCCCCGGUUCCUAAUGCACAAGGGACGUGAGGUCGAAGCGUAUGCAGUAUGGAAGCAGAUUCGUGGGUUCGACGAUCUCGAAGCCAAAGACGAGUUCCUCGGCAUGCGGCAGGCCGUCUCAGCCGAAAAUCAACAGCAAGCCCAGACGAAGAAGUACCCUUGGAUGGAUUUCUUCACUGUGCCGCGUGCACGUCGUGCAAUAGUCUACGCCAAUAUCAUGAUCUUCCUUGGACAAUUCACAGGCGUCAAUGCAGUGAUGUACUACAUGUCGACGCUAAUGCAGGCAAUCGGCUUCGGCGACAAGGACGCCGUCUUCAUGUCUCUUGUCGGCGGUGGAUCGCUGCUGAUUGGGACUAUCCCAGCCGUGCUGUACAUGGAGCGAUUUGGUCGUCGGUACUGGGCAAACACGAUGCUUCCCGGAUUCUUUAUCGGCCUUGUUCUCGUCGGAGUUGGUUACACCAUCGAUGCUGAAAAAUAUCCGGCCGCAGCGCAGGGAGUCUACCUCACCGGUAUUGUGCUGUACAUGGGUUUCUUCGGCUCAUACGCUUGCUUGACGUGGGUCGUUCCUUCCGAAGUCUUCCCUACGUACCUGCGUUCAUAUGGAAUGACCACUGCCGACGCUAACCUGUUCCUGUGCUCGUUUAUUGUUACAUACAACUUCACGCGCAUGAUGGAGUCUAUGCAGCGGAUUGGCCUGACGCUUGGGUUCUAUGGUGGUAUUGCUGUCCUCGGCUGGGUUUAUCAGAUUAUCUUCAUGCCGGAGACUAAGAACAAAUCCCUUGAGGAGAUAGAUGAACUUUUCUCACUUCCUACUGCUGUUAUUGUUAAGCGGAACUUGAAGCAGACUGCGCAGGUCAUUCGGGACUUGUCGCACUUCCGUCUCAAGAAGGUGUUUUCUCCUGAGCCGUACAACUAG